CAAUCCUUGUUUCCUGGCCCCUCCAACUUCACUAGAAACGGUCAAGAUAGUUCACUUCAGCCAGUGCAAAAAGUUAUAGACGUACUGAACGAAAACGCUUCAAGGCAGUAUCCUUCAUUAGAAGAGUAUCGCACCUAUGUACUACCAAGUCACGUUUGUCCCGUCCCAGUUAGUUUGCAGUCUUACCGUCCGUCUUCUCCGCUUCAACGUAGUAAAAACGUUGCGAAAGAAAGUUCACCGAAUAAGCCCAGAGAUCUGACAGUCAGUGCACAAUUAAAUGGACAAAGCAUUAAAGUCCUGCAAGACGUUUACAAGGAUCAACUUCCCCAACUACAGAUCGACAACAUAGGAGAUGUGAAAACAGUGAGUGGCGAAGCUUUGCCUGUUCUUAGUAUGUUCACGACCCCUUUAGACAUCGCCAAUGGAAGUUACUCAUGCACUUUCCUAGUGAUUCAAGAUCUCCCUUAUGACGCACUUCUAGGAAGAGAUUUCCUGCGAGAAAAUGGAGCCAUUAUCAAUCUAAAAGAGAGUACCUUACAGUUGGAUGGCAAAAGAGAUGAACCUUACCCAGAGAGAGAAUUAGCACAAGCCCUGUCUUGCGAUGAAAGCCCCGUCCAGCCAACACGUCGUAAGGAAUUCACUGAGGAACAUUCUGCCACGAAGAAAACUCCUAUUAAG